AUGCCCCACGGUGUGGCUAAACCACCGUCAGUCGUUGCUGCAGCUCCUUCUCCACCGACGAAUACACCGCCGCCGCCAUCGCUACCGUCAACACCGAACCAAUCCACCAACCGAGCGGGGACCGUACCCCCGGGCAGCGAGCUUUUCCCCGAUCCGCCGACCACCGAUAGCACGAUCGCCGAGAAGCAAACCGCAUCGCCUGGUCAAAGCGACCGGUGCGAAGGGCCAAACGAUACCAACACACCGGGCGUGGACGCCCCACACGAGGGGACGACGUGCGCGACGACGACGGCCGCCAGCACCACCAUCACGGCGAACAGUUACUCGAGGAACAAGUCCACCACCCGUAGCUGGCCGGUGAUCCAUCGGAACAAUUCCUACUAUCGCUAUCCGGCACAGGGCGCGGUAGGUCUGGCCGGUGGCAGCGGUGGUGGUGGUGGCGGUGGUGGCACGGCGAAUGCAACGCAGUAUCAGUCUUCGACGUACCGCCGACAGCACGGGUAUCUGCAGUACGACUACGAUGCCCCGCUGCCCGGUGUAAACUACUGUCCGACCAAUGACACCAACAACAACAGUCUGCUCGGCUACUCGGCUACGAACGCCUCGAACAGUGACUACCAGUAUCUAGCGGGCGGUUAUCCCGCGUCAGGACCACCGGACAAAUCGCCCAGCAUCGACAGUUGCUACUAUUAUCAACACUACAGCUUCAGCACGCCGAUGCAGCAACCAUCGGCCAUGACCACCGUUCUUGGGGGCCAGGGUGGGGCAGCGACCACCACCACCACCACAGCCGGACUCAGCCACCAUCACCAGCAAACGCCAUCCGGCAACGAUGGUGGCGGGUGCUGCUCCUCGAUACCGCCACCGAUACUGUUCCUCUUUCUCACGCUGCUCAUGACCUCGAGCGCGACCGCCAUGCUCUGUGCCGCCAUCAUGACCGACCACUGGGAGCACGUGUCCUGGGACCGCAACAGCCUGGACCGGAUCAGCAACGAGACCGCCACCGAGCUGCACUGGUACCUCGACGGUCGGGCCGCCAAGAUACCGCUAAAAGGGAAAGGGUUGCCAAACGUGCACCACAAACCGCACCACCAUGUGCCGGGACCAACCACGCUCCGACCGCCGGCCGUCACGGAUGACCGUGCCGGCGUAUUUCUGGUGCCGAUGAAUGGUGGCAUCUGGACGCUGUGCAUCGACCUGACGGCGGACGAGAUACGCACCAUGUCGAAGGAUGGCUUCCCGCAGGUCGAACAGUGCGUCAACUAUCUGGCCGGCACGAUGGAGAGCGCCCAGGGCAACGACGAGGACGCCAGGGCCGAUUGGCAACACAGUGAGUCCCAGGCCUCCUUACAUCCGCAUUUAAGAAUGCAGAACCUGUCGAUAUCCUGCUCGCUGGUGUGUCUCAUCAUACUCGGUAGCGCGGCACUGGUGGGUGCUUUCGGCGUCUGCCAGCGGCAGAUCAGUGCGGUGCUGGUGACCGGUGUGAUGUACCUGUUAGCUGCCCUCUUUGCACUGUUCACGCUGAUGAUAAUACACUUCAAGCGACAACAGGGACGGCCGCUGCUCGACAGCGACUUCGAUGGGACCAUCGACGGUGUGGUGGCGAUCAAGGGGACGGCACGGGCGGCAUCGAAGUUUCUGGGCGCACGCAUCUUCGUCACCGCCUGGAGCCUGGAGCUCGGCUGGGGCGGUGUCGUCCUGUGCACCUUCACCUCGUUCCUGUGGAUUCUGCUGUCGAAAAUUAUGCGCUUCAACCCACUGUCGGCGAUGAUUUGA